AUGUGCGAGAAAGAUAUUAAUUCGAAUUCAAAACUUAAACGUAAAUUCGACUCGUUUGAAGAUGGAGAAAAUCAUAUCAUUAUUAAUCUUCAUCCACGCGACAUUGACAAAGUUGAGGAAACUCUAUCCCAUUGUUUCGAGGUUGCGCCAAUGAUUUAUUCAUCCAUGUCCUUUCGAUUUCGCUUUGACGAUCCUAUAAACAUAGAAUCCGAAAUAGGCAAAGAGAAUUGCAUGAUCGACCAAGUAUCUCAACUUGGAGAAUUAAAAAAAUUUGUCAAAGAAUUUCUAGAGAAAAAUUAUGACUAUGCGCAAAUUGCUGACACGGAACCGAAUCAAAUAAGCUUAACAAUAAAAAGGGACGAACAAUUCGAACAAGAAAAUAAUAAAUCUGAUGACGAUGCAAUUAGUCAAGAACUAAACACGAAUCCACAAGAAAAUAAUAAAUCUGAUGACGAUGCAAUUAGUCAAGAACUAAACACGAAUCCACAAGAAAAUAAUAAAUCUGAUGACGAUGCAAUUAGUCAAGAACUAAACACGAAUCCACAAGUUAAACACGUAAUCAUAAAUGUGAACGAUGAGAACGAAGAUGCAUUUGAUGAACUUUUCGAAUCGGGCGUUUCUGGAUGGCUUAAAUUCAUUAUCUUUUAUUUCGCGAUUUUAAUUAUGUUUGGAAGAUUUGUUGGAUUGUUUCUAAGUCUAUCUUUCAACGUCUCUCACAAAUAA